GAUUGUUCUGACCCGGACCGACCCGGACUCUCUGUUCUGACCGGGCUCUCCGCUCCUCUUGUAUCCGGACCUGCCGCUCCGUCCUCGGUGUCAUGGGUCCCGUCGAGCUGCUCCACAUGUCCGUGUUCUCUCAGAGUUUUUCUCCCUGCGGUCGAUUUCUGGCAGCCGGAAACAACUACGGAGAGAUUGGCGUGUUCAGCCUGUCUGCAGCUCUGAGUCCGGACGCCACCGCGCUGAGUCAGAAACCAGUUCUGACCUUCACAGCUCAUGAAGGUCCGGUCUUCUCUCUGCUGUCCACCGACUGUCACCUGCUCAGCGCCGGGAACGGAGAGAUCAGCGCCUGGAGCUGGAGCGAGCUCAUCAAGAAGAACGUCAAACCGGUUUGGACCAAAAGACCAAACUACAAGUCCAGUCUGGAGAUCCCAGAGAUCAAUGCCAUGACGAUGAACCCCAGAGAUAACAGUCUGGUCGUGGGUGGAGGAGACAACAACGUCCACAUCCUGGACCUGGAGCACGGCGCCUUCAAGUCGGUGCUGCAGGGUCACUCAGACUACAUCCACUGUGUGAGCGUGAGAGAGCGUGAGGGCGAGAUCCUGUCGGGGGGCGAGGACGGAGCUGUGAGGAUGUGGGACAGCCGGACGGGUCGGUCCGUUCACUGCAUCGAGGUCCAUAAGUACGAGAACUGCGCUCGGCCUCAGGUCGGUAAAUGGAUCAGCUGUUUGACCACUGACUCGGACUGGAUGCUCUGUGGUGGAGGUCCGUCUUUGUCUCUGUGGCACCUCCGCUCGCUGUCGCCGACCUCCGUCUUCCCGCUAAGCGGCUGCCAGAGACAGGCCGCCUUCCACCAGGACAUGAUCCUGGCUGUAGGUGAAGGUCCGUUUGUGUCUCACUGCCUGUUGGGUGGAGAAGUCAAAGCUCAGAUUCCCUGCACGCCUCAGAGCCUGAACACACUGCAGCUGAACACCAACAGCACAGAGCACCGGGUUCUGACGGCGGCCGGCAGCAGCGAUCACAUCGACGUGUUCACCAACCUGUCGUACAGAGCGUUCUCGCUCAGCUUCUGAGCAGUCGUCUGUUUUUUAAGUUUUUAAGUCUCAAUAAAACAUUUUGUCACUUCAAA